GGACAACAUCGGUCAACGGACCAACAUUCCUUCCGAUAUUAUCAAACACUUCAAUAUACAUUAAACAUGCAUCUCAUCGUCAUCAUCGAUCUUGUAAUCAUCACAGAAACCAAAAACUAUAUCGCGUUCUCGUUUCUCUGGUAAUGGACAGGAGUUUGAGCAGGGAAUCCUCUCUACAGAAGAAGGCAUUACAAAAUUAACAUAAAACCAAUCAUCAACAUGUACCAUACCUCACUGAUUUCAUUAACGACAUGUUCUUCGGAACUGUCGAGGGUGACAACAAGAAAGUCUAUGACUUAACUCGUACUGUGAAGAACUCAAUGGACGCAGAUGAACAGGAUUUUGACAGCAGCACGAGAAGCAACAGCAACAGGGUAUCCCACUGCCCCCCUCGGUGUUUUAAAUCUCAAGCUACUUUGCAAGACACUCAGUUGCUAUCUCCGCCCAAAACCCUUAUUGAGUUAGCUCAGAGAAGGUCUAUAUCAUCUUCUACAUGCCCUUCUCCUGUCAAUAAGCCUCUGUCACCUCCAAGGAACCUGGUAGAGUCUGCCCACAAGAGGUCGAUUUCUAAGUCUACGUGUUCUUUGGAGAAAAUUGCCCCGAGGAGAAAUGUUACAAAUGGUGGAUGGUCCAAGGAAGAGGAGGGAAGAGCUUAGCUUUAAUGGGUUUCUAAAGGAAUAGAGAACCAAGGUUGAAAGGAUCAUGAAUGGAGACUUUGAUUACAAGGCCAAGAUUGUGCUGUCCAGACCUUCAAACAGUUAAGUAUUGCAUUGGACUUUGUCAUUUUUCGUUUUUUGACGGUCUAGGGGAUGUUCACUUAAACGAAGAAUUUACAUUGGCAAUUAAUUCUUUCCGUUUAAAUUAAAGUUUAACAGGUUCU